GAGCUUUGAGACCUGUUAUAAUGAUCGCGUAAAAGCCUACAUGAAUCUAACUCACAAUUUAUAUAAUAUACUAUGCUUUAAGCAAUUUAUACUAUCAUUUAUAUACACUUAUUAAUUUAUAAUAUCUUUAAAUUAUAGUUAUUUAAGUUAAUAGAUUAAUUAAUUUGAAUCAAAGGUUGUUAAUAAUACUUAAAAUAAAAAAGAUAUGAAUCACAUUUUAUCAGUACGAAUGUAUAGUUCUGGUACUGUAUCUGCAAUACAAAAAAGUGCAAAAUUAAUCAGAAAUGAAUUUUUGGACUAUUUUAAAAAAGAUUUGGGGCAUACUUUUAUUCGAUCAAGCCCUGUUAUUUCAUAUAAUGAUCAUACAAUAGCAUUUGUUAAUGCUGGCAUGAACCAAUUUAAAGGAAUUUUUUUAGAUUAUUACAAUCCGCCUGCAAUGAAAGUUACAAAUUCACAAAAAUGUAUAAGAAUCAGUGGAAAACAUAAUGAUCUGAAUAUAGUUGGAAAUGAUAGCUAUCAUCACACAUUUUUUGAAAUGUUAGGAAGCUGGUCUUUUGGGAGUUACUUUAAAGAAGAAGCUUGUCGUUAUGCUUGGAAUUUAUUAACGAAACAUUAUGGUAUUAAUGAAGACUGUUUAUAUGUAACAUAUUUUGGUGGAGAUGAAAGAAUGGAAUUGGAACCUGAUUUAGAAUGUAAAGAUAUUUGGUUAAGUAUAGGCAUUAGGCAAGAUAAAGUUCUUCCAUUUGGAUUACAAGAGAAUUUUUGGGAAAUGGGUAUUUCAGGACCAUGUGGUCCUUGUACAGAAAUACAUAUAGAUCAUACAAAGCAAUUAAAAAAUCGGUGUAUGCAAAUUAACAAGGGUUACACAGAUCUCACUGAACUAUGGAACAUAGUCUUUAUACAAUAUGAACGAUUAUCAAAUGGUACAAUAGUACCUCUACCAAAACAUUAUGUUGAUACAGGCAUGGGAUUUGAAAGACUAGUUGCAGUAUUACAAGGAAAACAAUCCAAUUAUGAUACAGAUAUUUUUCAACCAUUUUUUAAAACUAUUCAAAAAUAUACAAAAGCACCAGAAUAUAAAGGUAAAUUUUAUAAUGACAAAAAUGAACUUGAUAGUGGAUAUAGAAUUUUGGCAGAUCAUAGCAGAAUGAUUACUGUAGCUUUAGCAGACGGAGUUAUACCAGAACAAAGUAAUAAACUUAGGAAAAUAAUAAGAAAAUCAAUUGAUGUUAGUGAAAAAGUAUUUAAAAAACAGGGAAUACUUUCUGAACUCUCAUAUAUUGUAGUAGAAAAUUUAGGUGAUGUUUAUCCAGAAUUGCAGAAAAAUUUAAAAAAGGUGCAAAAGAUAAUAGAAUUUGAAGAAGAAUUAUAUAAAAAAUUAAAGCAUACUUGUCAUAAACAGUGGACAAAACUUGUUAAAACAUAUCCUCAAUUGAGUUCGAUUACUGAACAACUGACUCCUGGACUUGGAGAUGGAUACAAGUACCUUCAACAUGUACUUAAUAACUUAGAAGCAAGUAAUGUAUUAUCAGGAAGUGUUGCUUUCAAGUUAUAUGACACAUAUGGUUUAAGUGUAGAAACAAUUACUGAACUAGCAAAGAUUGAAUCUCUAUAUUUUGAUAAAGUAGCUUUCCAGAAAGAAUUAGAAUGUCUCAAAAAUCGAUCUAGAAUCGGCCUUGAAAAGAGUAGUAUAACAAACAUAAAGAAAUCUUUAGAAAUACUUGAAGAAAAUUGUAUACCUAAAACUGAUGACAGCUUUAAAUAUAAAUAUGUUCUUAAUGGAAAUAAUUAUGAGUUUCCUAAAAUUGAAAGUAAAAUUAUGGCAUUAAUUAUAAAUGAUAAUACAAUAAUAAACAAAGCAAAUGAAAAUACAAACAAAAAUAUACAUUCAACUGUUAAUGACACAAUUAUAAAUUACAAUGCAGAUAAAGAUAAAAUUGGACUUAUAUUGGAUAAAACAUUAUGUUAUUCAACACAGGGUGGCCAAAUAUCAGACAAGGCUACCAUCUGUUCAAAAAAUUGGAAUUUUAAUGUAUAUGAUGUGAAGAAAAUUAAUGGGUAUGUUAUACAUUAUGGAAAACUUGUACAAACUGAUUUGAGAAAAUGGAUUGAAGAACUAAAAAUUAAAGAUGAUUGUUUGGUUUCCAUUGAACCUGAAUUUCGUAUAGGAGUAAUGCAACAUCAUACUGCAACACAUUUAUUACAUGCAUCAAUACAACAAAUUAUGCAAGCAGUUUAUUUACGGAAUUCUACUAUUAUUCCACACAGCUUAAAAUGUCAAUUUAAUUCAUUUGGAGAAGAUCUUUCUUUUAAGCAAUUGAAAGAAAUUGAAGAACUUAUAAAUAAUGUUAUAAUAGCUAAUGUCCCAGUUACUACAAAAAUAUUAAAUGUUUUGGAAUUAUUAGCAGAAAGUUCUGUAACAUUAAUACCAGGAGAAAUUUACUUUUAUAAAGAUAUUAGGCUCAUAGAAAUUAAUUUUCAUGAUUUAAGAUCAAAAGAAGCAUGUUGUGGUACACAUGUAUUGAAGACAGGAGAAUUAAAAUAUUUUUGUUUUCUCAAUUAUUUCUCAAAAGGAGCAUCAAAUUUUACUCUUGAAGCAACUGUAGGAUCACUUGCGAGGUCUGCCAAAUUGGCAGGUGAAAAUAUUCAUUAUAAAAUUUUGGAUUUAGAAAACAAAUUGAAAAAUGGAAAAGUAACACGUAAAACAUUUAAAACAAUUAGUAAAGAGAUUGAGAGUGAAAUAAAAAAUGCCAAUAAAAUACCAAUACCAUAUCUCAUUAAAGAAGAGUGUUUAAUGAAAUUGGAAGAUUUAAAUAAAAUUUUUCACAUACAAAUGCAAGAAAUAAAAAAGUAUUCAAGGAAACAAAAAGGGAUGGAUUGAGAUGUUUGGGGUUUAAGGAUAUUUUAUAGAAUUUUCUAUAUUAUGUACAUUGUACAAACAUUUGCAUUUCUAAAUUUUCUAUAAAUGCAUAAAUAUCUAGUAAUUAAUUUGCCAUGUGUAAAUGAAAUAUAUAUUAAAUUAAUGUUUGCAUUUCUUGAUAUGUAUAUUAGAUUAAAUUAUAUUAUAUAUAAAUAUAUAGAUAAAAUUUUUAUAUCAUUAUAUGCAAUAAUAUUGUACUUUUAUUCAGUGAAGUUUUAUAAUACAACAAGCAUAUUUAGGUGCUUUAUUU